CGACAACUUGAACGGGGAGCUUAUGUUUACCAUUCUAAAAUUGUGAUAAUCAUGAACUCGGGAAUUUUUUGAUAACAACCAAACUAUGAGUUCAGUGGGAAGUACGAGUGACUCGUCCCCAGACGGCGAGGGUGCCUUCUACGCCGGCCCAGGUUCUCGGUACAGAGAUGGAUUUCGAGCUGGAGACAUCUUGCCGAUACUUAAAGACAAAUUGGCCUUUCUUUCUGGUGGGCGUGACAAAAGAGGAGGUCCCAUUCUUACAUUCCCUGCUCGUAGUAAUUUGGAUAAAAUUAAAUAUGAUGAACUUAGAAGAUUAAUGAUGUACUUAGCUAGUAUACCAACAGAGGAUGUUAGAGCAAUAGGUUUCAGUGUGAUAAUAGAUAUGAGAGGUUCCACAUGGAAUGGUGUCAAACCCUUACUUAAAGUAUUGCAGGAGUGUUUUCCUAGCAGCGUCCACAUGGUUUACAUCAUUAAACCAGAGAACUUUUGGCAGAAACAUAGAACUAGUUUAGGUAGCUCCAAAUUAAAAUUUGAGACUUCAAUGAUAUCUCAGGAAGGUAUGCUUAGAAUUAUAGAUCAGUCACAAUUAACAAUAGAAUUUGACGGUCAUUUGCCAUAUGACCAUGACGAAUGGAUUGAACUCAGGCUGGUCCUUGAGGAUUUUAUCUGGCAGGCUCUGGAUCUUUUAAACAGAAUGGAAAAUUUACGAGGUGAACUUAGUGAUAUGGACUUUCCCGAUGAUGUGCAAGGUGCUAAAGAAAUGAUUGACGAGCACGCUAAUCUUAAACGGCGGGUCUUAAAAGCACCGGUCGAGUACUUAGAAACGCAGGGUCAGAGACUCAUACAAAGGCUGUGUGGUGUGAACUUAGAGGAAUGUACUACAGACAGUGGAUACUCAGGAAGUAGUAGCGGAAGUACGGCGUCUGCGAAUUCAGAUUUUCAAAAUGUGGUGCCAAAGAUUUCAAAUUUGUUAGAGAAUCUGCACGUGACGAGGGAAGAAUUACAAAAAAUGUGGUACAGCAGGAAAUUUAAACUGGACCAGUGUUUUCAGAUGAGAGUAUUUGAACAAGAUUGUGAAAAGAUGUUUGAUUGGAUCAGCCAUAAUAGAGAGCUGUUUUUAGUGAAUUACACCGAAAUAGGACAUUCAACACCCGUGGCCCGUGAACUUCAGGAAGAACACAAGAAUUUUACGUCCCUCUCAAUGAAUGUUUACACGAAUAUUAAUCGGAUUAUGUCAGUUGCGCAGAGAUUAGCAGAAGCGGGUCACUACGCAAGUUACGAAAUUCAACGUACUGCCAAUAGACUUGGCAGAGAAUGGAAAACCUUUGCUGCUGGACUGGAUGAACGAAGUACACUAUUAGCCAUGUCUGUUACAUUUCAUGACAAGGCGGAGGAUUACUUAUCCCAUGUGUAUGAAUGGGUGGAGCAUUGCCAAACAGGAAACAUUCCUACAGAGCCACAGGACUUAGAAGAAAUGUUACAUGAACAUGAUAAACUUUAUGAAGUUAUCAGCCAGAGUUAUUCCGAUGUAAGCUAUUUAAUAAAAACGCUGUGGUGUCUAUCACUGCAAGAUUUUCUUUGA